AUGGCGGUCAACAUCCCGGGCAUCGUGAUGGGCACCAUCGUGCUCUCCUCCGGCACCUCCGUCCCCGACUCGCUCUCCUCCAUCGUCGUCGCGCGCAAGGGCGAGGGCGACAUGGCCGUCGCAAGUGCCAUCGCAAACACCCUCGCCAUCACCAAGUUCCCGGUGCUAGUCCUCCCAUAUAAGUGCAUCGGCAAGCUCCAAAAGGCCUUCUCGUGGCCGCUCAUCUCCGCCUUCAAGCUGUCGAUGUCGGAGUCGAUGCGCGACAAGUGCAAGUACUGGUUCACGUGGAACUUCGGCGUGUCGGUCGCCUGGAUCUGCAUCCUCAUCACUGUAACAUCACCGUACGUGGUGGGCGCCACCCUGCACUCCUCGUACCGUGCGUGCGGCUUCCGCAACGAGUUGAAGAGCUAG